AUGCAAUCACAAAAUCAAAUAAAUAAUCCAACUACAAUACGGCCAAAAGGUUCAAAUUUGAAUAUUGUUGAACCUAACAAAACAAGUGAAAGAACAGACAUUUUUAAUUCUGAAAAGGAAAAUGUACCUUUGUCUGAAUCUAAUCAAAAUAGAAUUUUAAAUUAG